UUCCGGGAAAUCACAUCCGGUAUAAACAAACGUGAAAAAUACGUUUUACCGGCGAAGAAAGAAACAAAAAUGUCUGUAACUCUCCAUACCGAUGUUGGCGAUAUAAAGAUCGAGGUUUUCUGUGAGCAAUGUCCAGCAUCCAGUGAGAAUUUCUUGGCUUUGUGUGCAAGUGACUUUUAUAAAGGCUGUAUAUUCCAUCGAAACAUCAAAGGGUUCAUGGUGCAAACAGGAGACCCAACAGGGACAGGGAAAGGUGGUACCAGUAUCUGGGAACGGAAGUUUGAAGAUGAGUUUCGUGACAACCUUAAGCAUAAUGUUCGGGGUGUUGUAUCCAUGGCUAACAAUGGUCCAGAUUCCAACGGAUCACAGUUCUUCAUCACAUACGCAAAACAGCCCCAUCUGGAUGCCAAGUACACCAUAUUUGGAAAGGUCAUAGAUGGGUUCGACACAUUGGACGAGUUGGAAAAAAUGCCAGUGAAGGAAAAGAACUUCCGUCCCCUGUCCGACACGCGAAUACAAGACAUUACAAUACAUGCCAAUCCUCUAGCAAGCUGACGUAACUGUAGUAUCAUUGGAACCAGGUUUCAUAAGGCAGCAUAGUAUCUUCACCAGGGACUUUCUGUAGAAGUUAAGCCAUCAUCGGAAUGGGCUACAGGACAAAGCUCUCUCAAUUUGCCGAUGUUUCAUUGUUACAAGAACGUAUGUGGAUUGGAAAGCUUUUCGUCAACACAUUCCUACAAUGAACUAGAUUUAACUGAUAGAUAAAUUGAGAUAAAGCACAUGAAUUGCUUGAUGACAAGACAAAUCAAUAAAGAAGGAUUGUUAAUUUCAGGUAACCCUUUCAUCCCUACAUUACUUCAGUAGACUCUACCAUGUAUUCAUAUGGAUGAAUCCAAUAUGGUCUAUAAUGAUAAAAGGGUUAAACAUCAUCUGUAUGACUAGAGGACUUGUAGCAGGAAGGUUUUGUCUGGGAAGCAGAUCUGCAGAUCUGUCUGGGAUCAUUGAUAAAGAGGAUUGUAAUUUAGUGUAUAUGGAUCGAGUUUAAGGAUCCCUGUCCCACUGCACUGACAUGUUCUCCUAUAUACAGUAACCUUAACUUCCGGUUGGAUAUAACUGUAGCACAUUUGGGCAUGUACGCUUCCGUUGUCCAGGGGUACAUUCGCGUAUCCGGUUGAAACAGUUGAAAUGGUUGAACCUGUAAAGAAAACAUCAGGCACAGAUCUGGACCGAGGCUGACCUUAGGAAUAUUUGGCAUGUGUAGAUUGAGAAGUCCAGACAUACCUGACCGAAACUAAAAUGCUGACUAUUGCUAGUUUGCGUUAUUUCUUUUUAAAACGAUGUCAAGCCACAUGUAGUUUUUAAGAUACGUUAUGUAAUUCAGUAGACGCGUGAGAGAAGGGCAUACUAUUCUUGAUACAUUGUUUUUUAUUCUCCAAAACUGUGCAUUUUUAGCUCUGCUUAUAGAACGGUCCAAGUGCGUUCGUUUAUCGUGGAGUAUUUCUGCCACACGUACAGUUUGAACUGGGAUACGCGAAUGUAGCCCAGGUAGCUCAAUCAGUUUCAUCAAUGGUAUAACAAGUCCAGGGUUUAAAUCCCAGUCUUGCCACGCAGAAUAUUUUACUCUCAGAACAUAUCUAGAUCUGUUGAUUAUAUUUUGUUUAAUUCAUCUCAAAAUAUUUCGAUAUAUGUAGAGUCAUGCCGGAAGAACAAGUUUUGAAUGCAAACUUUCAUUUUUUGGCAGUGGUAAUGGGAUCCUUAAUACAGAUUACAUUUUUUUCCACUUAAAUACAAAGUUUCUUAAAAAAUGAAAUACACGACAUUUUCUCUUAAGUUACCCAAGUCGGCGGCAACAUUGUUUGACCUGCCAUUGCUUACGUAUACAUGUAUAUUCUGUCAAAUGGGUGACCUGCAUGUGUGUUUGUACAAGGAUCGUGGUUCAGGGCCAUGUUGGCGGCAGAUUGUGUUCAUGUUUUAAACAGAACUCACAGUUAUCUGAUACUGUAUACCAUGGAACUUUUGCUGCAGUUUCAGUUUUGUCCUCCAUUUGGAGAUUGAAUUCAAAAUUAUUGCAAAAAUUUAGGAUGAAUAUGGAUUUUAUCAAUGAAAUAUGAAUAUUAUAAUUGGCAAAAAUUCCAUGUAUACAGACUUGUGGUAAUCUCUGAAAUUUUCAAUUCAGUCUAAAGCUAGCUUUUAUAAUAUUUCUUUUUUUGGUUGUUAACUGACUUUAAGAGAAUUAAGAAUGUGGUUUCAGAUGAAAAUGAAUAUUAAAAACCUUAACAAUAUUUCAGACUUUUGUUGUUAAUUAUGUAAGCGUUAAGUGAAACAAGCCUUAAGAAUUUUUCAUUUAAGCAAGCCACAGUGGCAAAUUCGAGAUGAGCUUUACUUUUGUAUUUUUUUUAUUGUGAGGCCUUAUUUGGAAGUGACGUCAUGAUGUCACUAGGUCAUACAUGUAUUAUCCACGUUCGUACACAAAAUAUGUGACGUGUGUAUUCAACGAAAAACACAGCAAUUAUGCAUGCAAUGAAAUUCAGACAUUCAAAACAACAUUUUUAAAAUUUUAGUGAUUAAUUACUUUUAUUUAGAAUCAAAACAAGAAAACAGUAAAAUAAACAAUUGCACUAUGAAAAUCAGCUAACAUAAUUAGUAAUAAUGAGUUAUAAUGGAUGGUACCAAAAAAUUCAUAUACAGCAAAUUUAAAAAUUAAUCAACACAACAUGCAUAUAUUGUUGCGCAAUAUGUAAUUAUGAGAAUUAAAAAAAAUGUUCUGGAAAAAAUAUUUUGAAAUAUUUUGGCCCUUCAUUCUUUUAUUUUUUCAACAUUUUUUUAAAUCUCAAGUUAUAAACUCCACGAUAAUAUACAAACACAUGUUGAUUAUAUCUAUUCUACCAAGUCAAAUGUAACAAAGGGCAUUUUGACCAACCAAUAAGAUACGGCAUGACCAAGAUAAUCAAAAUUUUAAAGUCUGAGUUGCCUCGUAAUAUUUAUCCAUUAGACAGGGCAAGCUGUAUGUGUGCAUGAUGUCGUUGUAAAACCUUCAGACCAUAUAUUAAUCAUACAGGGUUAUUUUAGAACAGCAGUGUGUGUUUAUGUGUUAUCGAGGCAUAUACAUUAUUUGUUAAUUCUCCAAUAAUCCAUCACUGUUGAUGCAUGAAUGAAAAUGUUUUAACAACGCCGACUUGGUAGAAUAGUUUUUUAAAUUUCCCUUGAUUAUAAAAAAUUGGUUAUGUGUAGUACAAGCUUGACAUGAUACACUAUCAUGUGACCUUUUUAGCCAAUCAGAUCCAUGUAACAUUAUUACAUUGUUUUUUUCCUGUUUACAAACAUUCUCUGGCACCAUCUUCAAUAAAUCCACUUUCAGUGCAGAGUUUAUUUUGUAAGCUUUGUUUUUGUUUUUUAAACAAUCUUUCCCAUUGUUGCACUCAGAUGGGCAACAAUGAAAUCAAUAAAGUGAAACGUGGGUUUCAACAACAUCAACGUGGACUGAUUAAUUGUAUAAGACUGUUGCUAAGACAGUUUUAAAUACAAAUAAACAGUUAUUUUUUUGCAGGAUUUUUUUGGAGGGGGGUUGAGGCUUCAAAUCAUGUCCGAUAUUACAGAAUCUGUAAUGUAACAUGUGAUGCUACAAUGAUAUACAACCAGUAUCUUAUUUAAAGAUAGAAUUUGGAAAUUUCUUUGAGCCUCAAGCAACAUAUAAUUAAAGAUAAACAUUACAUAUAUUUUACAACAUGACUUAAAAGUGAGGUGUGGGUAAAGUCAGGUGUCAGUGAAGUCAGGUGUCGGUGAAGUCAGGUUAGUAAGUCAGGUGUCUGUGAAGUUGUAUGUCCCUGAGGUCAGGUGUGGGUAAAGUCAGGUGUCUGUGAAGUUGUAUGUCCCAGAGGUCGGGUGUCUGUAAAGUCAGGUGUCUGUGAAGUUGUAUGUCCCUGAGGUCGGGUGUCGGUAAAGUCAGGUG